AUGAAAGACCCCCAUUUCACUUUAGGCAUGACAUUUGCUUCAAAACAACAGUUUAGGGAAGCAGUUCAAAAUUAUGCUUUCAAUAAUGGCAAAGAAAUUAGAACUCUAAAAAAUGACAAGGAAAGGGUUAUUGUUAAGUGUACACAGGAGGGUUGCCCUUGGAGAAUAGGGUUGAGGAAAGUAAUAGGGUCAUAUGCAUGGAGGAUUUUGAACAUGGUGGAUGAACAUGAAGGUUGUUCUUGGGUUUGGGAGAACUCACUGGUGAAAUCAACUGUGGUUGCUAAGAGGUGGGCAACUCAAUUAAAAGAUCACCCAGAUUGGAUGAUGAGAAAGUUCAAAGAUAAGGUUUACACAGAGGAGGGAUUUUAUGUGAGUGAUUCACAAGCAUAUAGGGCUAUUUGGAAGGCAAAGAAGAUAAGAGUAGGUGAUGAGGAAGCCAACUUCAAGAAGAUUUGGAGUUAUAGAGAAGAAGUCUUGACAACAAAUCCCGGGUCUUCAUGUCUUGUUAAGUUGAGUGACUUAAAGGAUGGAAGUGGGCAGGAAAGAUUCCUGAGAAUGUAUGUCUGUUGGAAAAGCAGCAAGGAAGGCUUCAGGAUGUGUAGAAGACUGAUUGGGGUAGAUGGUUGUCACCUUAAAUCUGAAACUGGAGGAAUGCUUCUGACUGCUGUGAGUAUAGAUGCAAAUGACUGUAUAUUUCCAUUAGCUUAUGCUAUUGUGGAAGGAGAGAAAAAGGAAUCUUGGAUAUGGUUUCUAAGACUGUUGAAAGAUGAUAUGCAGAUAAGUGAUACAGAGGAGGAUGAGUACUGCUUCAUAAGUGACAAACAGAAGGGUCUAAUUCCAGCCUUUGGUGAAGUGCUACCUGGUGUGGAAAACAGAUUUUGUGUGAGACACCUACAUGCAAAUAUGAAGGUGGCAGGUUUCCAGGGUAAGGCUAUUAAGGAUGCAUUAUGGACUUGUGCUAGGGCAAACACUGUAAAUGCUUACACUGAUGCUUUGUAUAAACUAAGGAGAUUAGAUGAAGCUGCAUACCAAUGGUUAGGUGAUAAAAGCCCAACAGAAUGGUCUAGAUCCCACUUCUCUACAAAAUCCCAUUGCGACAUGUUAGUGAAUAACAUUUGUGAGUCUUGGAAUGCCUCUAUAAUGGAAGCAAGGGACAAGCCUAUCAUUGAGUGCCUAGAAAUUAUAAGGAAAAUGAUAAUGGCUAAGUUGUUUGAGAAUAGACAGAAAGCUGCAGAAUGGAAGUCCUUGAUAUGUCUUAAGAUUGUCAGGAAGUUGAAGCAAAUAGAGAAGGCUGCAUCUGGUUACUUAGUAACACAAUGUGAUUUCUUCAAGUUUGAGGUGGAGUGUUUGACUUUGUCCAUCCAUGCUACUCAAAAGACGCAUAUCUGA